AAUGAGAAAGUAAAUAAUAAAAAUAGCUUCUCCGCGUGUACUAAAAAUUCCGCGAGCCUCUCAAUUGACUGCGUUCUAUUGCGAGGUCCCCUCCGGAACGAAUCGACACCUCGGGAGGGAACCGAUCGGAGAUGGCGUCGGGUUUCGAGGCGCUACCGCCGAUCGAUUCCUCCUCCUCCUCUUUUUCUUCUUCUUUUGCAUCUUGCUCGGUUUAGGAUGAUUUAAACAGAAUAUUACUCGGGAGACAGAGAGAAAUUUCUAAGGUUUUAGGAUUAUCUGUGUUCUUAAUUAAUUUCGUUGGAAUUUAUAGUACUCUUAUUAUUGCUCUUCAAAGCAAAGUAUUGGAGGUUGAGUUGUGUUAGGAUCUACGGUGUCGAAGAUCUAUACGGGGAGUAUUACAUCAUAAUUAAGAUGAGUACAAAGAUGAAGAAAGGGAUCAUGAAGCCCCUGCGUUUCAUCUCCCAGAUAUUCGAUGGAAAAGAACACGAGCUGGAGAUCGGAUUUCCAACGGAUGUGAAACACGUGGCGCACAUCGGAUGGGAUGGGCCCAAUGUGAAUGGUCCUAGCUGGAUGAAAGAGUUCCAUUCGGCGCCACUGAGUUCCGCUUCGUAUGCCGCGGAAGGAAGAGAAAGUCCCCCUAGAAAUUUAUGGGCCUCACAAGAGAUAAAUUUUCAUGGUGGAUUGGAAGAAUCUCCCCAGCAAGAAUCAGUAAGGCCGGCCCGGCGCGGCGGCGUCUCCUCGUCCGACGACCCGACGGCAGAUUCCCCUAGCAACUCCCCAAAAUCUACCAAGCCCCGCCACACCCGGCGCCACCAAUCCGACGGAACCGUGGCCGUCGAUCCCCCAAACCGCGAUCCGUCCGAUCCAUCCAAAAAGGGCCGCCGGCAUCGCAGAAAGGAAGGCGGGCCCAAUGGGCCCCCGACCGAUGCAGCGCCGGGGGCCCAGGAGCUCCCGGCGAUCCCUAAGCAGUCGCAUCGGAGGAGAAUCAAGGGCUCUGGAGAGAGCGGAGGGUCAACACGGCCGUCGAGAUUGAAGGACACCACUUCAGCGUUAUCGUCGUCGUCGUCACCGUCAUCAUCAUUGCCAUCAGUACCGUCCGACGCGCUACCCGAGGCAACGCCCAAUGGGCCUGUCCCUGUGCUGAAGCCCAUGAAUGAAGAGGAAGAAGGAUUGUAAUAUUCUUGAUAAGCCCAUAUAGAGUUUGCCACUUAAUUAAUUGCUUCAUCAUUAUAUAUGUGUGCAUCAUUUAGUGAGAGCUUACCGUUUGGAGAAUAUCUAUAACAUGAGCAUAGGUUGAGGUGAUCUUGUUUAAGAUAAACAAUUGAUCAGAAAAAUGUUAUUUUC